GCACCUGUCCCCGCGCGCAGAAGCCACCUUGGGAAAUGCCGUGGUUGGUUCUAGCUAUUACCAUGGUGCGUUUUUAUAUGGAAAAAGGAACACACAAAGGUUUAUAUAAAAGUAUUCAGAAGACACUUAAAUUUUUCCAGACAUUUGCCUUGCUUGAGAUAGUCCACUGCUUAAUUGGAAUUGUACCUACUUCUGUGCUUGUGGCUGGGGUCCAAGUCAGUUCCAGAAUCUUUAUGGUGUGGCUCAUUACUCAUAGCAUAAAACCAAUCCAGAAUGAGGAGAGUGUGGUGCUGUUUCUGGUCGCGUGGACUGUGACAGAGAUUACUCGCUAUUCCUUCUACACAUUCAGUCUUCUCAACCACUUGCCAUACUUCAUUAAGUGGGCCAGAUAUAAUUUUUUUAUCAUCUUAUAUCCUGUUGGAGUUGCUGGUGAACUUCUCACGAUAUACGCUGCCUUACCAUAUGUGAAGAAAACUGGAAUGUUUUCAAUAAGACUUCCUAAUAAAUACAAUAUCUCUUUUGACUACUAUUAUUUUCUUCUUAUAACCAUGGCAUCGUAUAUACCAUUGUUUCCACAACUCUAUUUCCACAUGUUACGUCAGAGAAGAAAGGUGCUUCAUGGAGAGGUGAUUGUAGAAAAGGAUGAUUAAAUGACCUCUACAAACAAGGUGCUUUUUCCAGAAUAACCAGGAUUACUUGAGUCCAAGUUUUAAUAACAAGAAUAAACAACUUCAUGAAAUAC